UUGUGCGUGCAUCUGGCCAUGUCAUAGCGCAACCAUCUGCCUGAGCAAGCAAGUCAUGACCCCUUGUUUUUUCUACCCUCCCAUCCCAAGAGCUGGUAGCAGAAUCGUACCCACAUUUUCAGCGAAAGAGUUGGUGGGGUUGCUCUUGCUGCUACGUUCCACUUGUAGUACAACGACGUUGCACCUCCCUCCGAAACACGGCAGCGGCGGUACGCUGGCGAUGAUGAUGCGGGCUAUGCAUACCUCGUCCCGUGCCCCUGCACUCUUCGCUCGGGGGUUCGGGCUAGACCAAUAUCCCGCCUGCUGCGGCGGCAGCCAUUUCCUGUUUGGCAGCAGCGAGAGCUCCAUCAGCAGACGCAAUACAAGUAGCAGGAGAAGGCAACACCUCCACAGCAGCUGCAGCCACAGCAGCAGCAGCCACAGCAGCAGCCGCAGCUGCAGCAGCAGUAAUAGCAGCAGCAACAGAAGGACGAGAACCACGCCUGUGCUCGGGGCUCUGAUGUCAACACGCGCAGAGGGGGCGUCGGAAGACGUAGCAGCGUUGGGGUCGAGGAAGGAAGGGAGCAGACCAGUCGAGGGCAUGGUGCGGUCGAUCUCCCCGUCCGCUGCUGCCGCCUUCCAACAGUGUCCCCAGCUCUUCUACUACAGGUACAUCCUGGGCUUGAAGAGCCCGCCCACACGGGAAACCCUCAAGGGCAUCGCUGUCCACGAGGUGCUAUCGCUAUUUUUCACGCUAGAGGAGGGGUCUAGAGACAUUGGUCACCUGCACGAGCUUUUCCGAAAAGUCAUGAUCGGAUUAAUCGCACAGGACAAGGAGGAUCCCUCCCGCGGCUACGGCAAGCUUUUCGAGAACCAGGAGGAAGAGAAGAAGUGGGUGGUUGAGUGCCUCGACCUUGUGGCGAACUUCGCGAGUGUGGAGAGCGAUGCCAGGAACGAAGGGGAAGGAGACCCGGAGCACGUGGAGCUGAGGAUGACGCACGAGUUCGGAGGAGGUGAGACGGCAGCCGGUCGGCAUAUCGAGGAGGAGGACGGGGCGGGAGGACAAGCCGGUGAUGGUGUUGCGGCAAGCAAUACGGCAUCUUCCAUGAACGUAACGGGGAUCGUGGAUCGAUUGGAUAGGUGCCCCGACGGAACGCUGCGAGUGGUGGACUACAAGACGGGGAAGAUUCCCAACCUUAGGUACUCCAAGGCGACCAACCAGAGGAUAAUGGACGAGAAAUUUUUCCAGCUGCAGAUAUACGCCCUUUUGGUGGAACGCGUUUUGGGAGAAGUACCUGGAGAAAUGCGGCUGGUGUACCUCAAAGGACCCGCAAGUGUCACCCGCAAGAUCGAGCCUGCCGCCCUGCCCUCGGUGGAGGGUGAGCUCAGAUCCAUCUGGGACGAGAUCGCGGGGUCGGUGCGGCGAGAUAGCUUCCCCCCUCGCACCAGCAGGUUGUGCGACUGGUGCAGCUUCCAGGACCGAUGCCCGGCGUUCGAAGAGCGAUAACGACUUAGAGGGGGGUGGGGCACCCUCCAACUUGUUGCUACGAUAGCUGCAACAGCAGGAACAGCUUUUGAGAUGGUUGGCCAACUGUCUGUGGUUUUUGGAGAAGAAGCUCCGAAUUUUAGGGUCAGCGGCAUGGCCGGAGGGGGGCGCCACUGCAGGGCUUCGAUUUCGUGCAAUACGCAGGAUCGGUGUCUCGCGUUCGAGAAUGUUAGUGGGAAUACAAGGCCCGCGGUUGUCGAAAGAGGGGCGUGGCGCGGUGUAAGCCCCGUGAAUGGAAUUUGUGCGUUCCUGCCACAUGUUUAACUAAUAAAUGA